AUGUAAAAAGAGUUUUAAGCUUUCAAAAAGACUCGUCUUAUGAGGUACUCCUCAAACCCACUUGAGACACACCCGUAUUACAUCCAGGAGUUGCUUAAGUAUAAUGAAGUUUACCAUUAGAAUUUUGACCCACAUCUCUUGACAAAGACUUCUAAGAAGAUCUAUGAUGAGGUUCUGGGCCUUAAAGUUCCCCCAAAUGAAAAUGACUUCGAUCGGAGGUAUAUGGUAAAACCUCCUUACAAAAAUAAAUUUAAUCAGACUGAAGCCAAAAGCUAAGUUAGCUAAAGUGGACUAAUUCAAUAAAAUAUGAGCAAGCAAAUGCAGUCAAUCAAACGACAAAAAGAUACCAUCUAAUCAAGAUAUAUUUACAGUAAAUUUGUGCAUGAUUAUUAAAGUCCAACCAGCAGAGAUGAGCUUAGUUUUAAUCAAAAACAAGCACUAUAAGAAAAGAUCAAAAGAGUUUACGAUGAGUAUGAAAUAAAAAUGAAUAAGAAAAAAAAGUCGUUGAUGUCAGAUAAUUCAAUUAGAUAAACUGUGGCAGAUAAAUUCAAAUAAAUGAUGAGAGUAUAAUAAAGGAAAGAGUAGAUUCAAGUAGAGCUAAUAAAAAGUGCUGAGAGGAGUAUCAGGAAGGAUUAUGAAAAGGUGCAAGUUAAGAAAAGAUAGUCGCAAGGUGAAGUAUCAUAGUUUGAGGAAAGCAGGAAUACUCUAAGUGUUAUAGAUACUUAGACAUAAAAUAAUCAAGAGAAGUUAAAUCCAGAAUAAUAGAAUGAAUAAAGUCUAGGUAACAUUAGUGUACUCCAAAGUGUUUAGCAAAAAUUAAUGCUAGGAGAACUUAUUAGAAGUCCAGUGUCAAAUCAGAAAAAGCAAAAGGAACUUAUCAAACUGUAAUCCCCAAUUUAUGUUGGAGCCAUUGAAAUAAAGCUGAAUUUGGGGAUGAAUAGAGAGAGUUAAUAGAGAAAUGAAUAUAAAAACUAAAGGUAAAAUUAUAGCAAAACAACAGGCAAUAGUUUCGACUCAAGAAUACUAAUGAAUAACUUAAGCACAUAGCUAGACUCAACAGACACAUAUUUGACUUAGCAAUAAGAAUAAAGUAAGAGAUAGUAAAGACAGAGAAUGAAUGAGUAGAGUGAAAGACUCUUCAAGUCAAGAAGAAGCAGACUGAAUAACAUUCUUUAAAGUUGCAAUGUCAAUAUGUCUUUUAAAGAGUCAGAGCUCAGUCUCAAUUAAAUGAAAAACCUUGCUGAAUUGAUUGAUGAUAGAAACUACGAGCAAGAGUGCAACACAGAGAACUUCUUCACUGACAAAAUAUUAAAGUAGUUUAAAGAUCAAAACAUUAAAACUUCAAAGUUCAUUCAGCAGAUGAGCAAAGAUUCAUUAUGGAAACCAGACAAGUAUGUGCCACCAAAGAUUAUGGAAGUUGAAGAUAAGUUUAUAGGUAAGAAAUGA